AUGGCUGCAUUGUAUGAUUCCGAAGCAGCUCUUAAGUUUCAACCAGGUGUCUCCCGUUUGCCUGAUAGAAAGGACAUCUGUAUUAGAAUGAUACAUAAACGCAAUCAUCCGCAAGGAUUAUACUAUCUGUGUAAAGGAAAUUUGGUUGAGUGACUAAUGGCAUCAUAGAAUAUAUAUAGGAACUCCCCGCUACCUUGCUUUCUGAGUAUUGCUUCAUUUAAGUUUUACCUCAACAAGUUCUUUUUGCGUCGAAAUAUAAAAACGAAACCAACUUCGCAGCGCUUUUAACACAGAAAAAGACGGUUGAAACAAAAUUGACCCACCCAGACUUUUUAAAAAAUAAAAGAACACAGUCUGUCUGCUAAGGCAAAUCGAUUAUUUUACCCAUUGCAGUCUUAUAAAUCUAGAAGCUCGCCUGUUUUAAAGCGAAUGAAAAACUUUGUGCCUUUAUUUCCGGCAGUCAACUUUUUCCAUCUGGGAUGUUUUAAAGACUAUCCCAUCCGUGCCAUACCAGAAGUACUUGGCGUCUGGAGGCUUGAAAGCAAUGCGACUCAGAGAUGCGCGCAGGCCGCAAAGAGGGCUGGGUACUUAGUGUUUGGAGUGCAGGAUGGAGGUGAAUGCUGGUCAGGACCGCUGGCUCAGGAGACGUACAAAAAGUACGGAGCUUCGACCAGAUGUGUGGGCGGAACUGGUUGGGCCUGGGCACAAGACGUGUACAGGAUUGUUAGUAAGUGAUAGACGUGUCGUCCUGCAGGUCCUUCCAUUUGCUUGACAUCUCUGAAAAAAGGGUUUUUUUAACGCUAAAGUUCUCUUCGUACCUAACGCUCUAAAUAUUUCGCGUGAGAUACAAGAAUUUUCCAUGCAAAGUGAAUUACAAAUCACCAGAACACAAACAUUAAUGUUCUCUUCAAAGGCUCACAACGUACUACAGAUGCGCGCAAAUCGUAAAUGAUGUGAUAAUGUUAUCACACUCACCUGGCGACAACUGAUCCCCUCCCGUUCCCCCUGAACAUACACAAAUAUAAAACCCAAAAAUACAUCCCCACCAGCGAUGAAUAAUUUCUUGUCCCUGAGAACUAAGAUAAAAACAAGAAAAUAUAUCUAUACAAGAGUCUUUGUUGUAUGUUUUAGUUGGUCAUUUUAAACAAAUUCUGCGUUUUUUUCUGUGAUUUCAGAUGCUUCACUGAUUGCUAACUACGAUGUGAAAAGAUGUUACGAGGUGGAAAUCACAUUUUAUUAUCAAAUCCAAGGAGGUCUUACAAGUAGCACCAUAAAUAACACCAGAAAGACGUUUUCUGAUCUUUUAAGCAGAAUGUCCAGCAUUCUCUCGUCUCUCCCCGAGUGCAGUAAUGUCACAGUCACCAGGAAAGAUAUAAUUAACUCUCUCCCAGGAGUGAGAAGUGUUUUUUUCAGAAUACAACUGAUAUUUACAGCAUCUACAAGUGUGCCAGAUUAUGAAGUUUCCAAGAGGCUUACAGUCUGUAUUAGUACUCUACCUGCCUACAAACAAUUUUUAGACGCAAGUACUCCAAAAAUAAAGCAAGGAAAUAUAAGUUACUCCAACUACAAUUUAUCCUCAAUAUCAAACAAGACAUCAUGUUGUUGUGGGGAUAUACCGCCGCCUUGCUGUGCUGUGGGCUCAAUACGGAUUAACAGCACCAAAUGUGGUAAGUUACCAACAACCAAUAACCAACACAGCGAUCAAACAUGAGGCAUGCGCAAAUUAAAUAGUUUUGGCCAGCCGUGCGCCGGGUUUCCGCGCAAAAUUUUAACGGGAAAUGUUAAGACACCACUUCCACUCGAAAUUCACGAAAAUGAAUUGAAACGUAUGGAUUCCUUUCUGCAGGUUGUUUGCCAGGGUUCCAUUUUGUUCCUGGUAAUUUAUGUGAGCGUUGUCCUUCAGACACCUAUCAGGACGAACAAGGUCAAAGUUCAUGCAAGAAGUGUUCAGGAAGAAAACAAACAUUUGGAAAAACAGGAAUGACUAGCAAUUCCGGCUGCCUUGGUGAGCCUUAAAUAUCAGGGAACGUGUCAGUGAAAUAAGGUUUUAGAAAAACGAAAGAACGCACUUGAGCUCGGAUAAACUUUCCAGUAGCCGUUCCGUUUCUUCAUUUCUCUUCAUUAGCAUCAAUAUCGUCUUCACGAUGUAUUUCCUUUUUAUCCGGCAUAUUUAGUGCUGUUUGUCUACUUAAGUGCCUUGUCACUGAAACUGUUGUGGUAGAUGCUGAUUUUCCAUAUUUGCACAAUCGGCCUCAAACCAGUUUUCAAUUUACUUUCGAAAGACUAAAGCCAAAGUAAUCCCAGCGACAAAACAGAACAAAGAUUUACAUUAUCAUUAGCCAAUGGGAAUUCAAAGUGAAAAUAAUCAAACUGCUUGACGGUUCUUCUUGCAUCUGUUUGGUUCAGAUAGUGUGACUUUCUGAAUCAAUUACAGAGCAAAGUUAACUGAAACCAAAGCAAUCUUAGAUUACUUUCGAAACUCAAUUGAAAAUUGCUCUAUUGACCAUGGAUCUUCAGGAACUGAGUUUUGACGGGCAACGACUGGUCAAUAUUUAUCGCGGGGGGGGCGGGGGGAGGGGGGGGGUUGGAAGAUUUGGUUUUGUCACGAUAAAGUUUACUAACCACCCUCCCGCUAGGGGCUGGUCCCCUCUCACUGUACUUUGUGUUUCCUUGCAGACCCUCCAUUGAUUGGUAACUAUGACGUCAAACGAUGUUAUGUACUAGACGUCAUAUUCAAUUAUCGAAUCCCAGGAGGCCUUACGGUCAACACCACCAGAAAUGUCAUAGGGGAGUUUCAAAGUCUUUUUCUGGUUGUACAAAAUCUAUAUCUUUCUCUUCAACAAUGCAAAGAGGUGAUAAUCACAAUCGGAAAUAUAGCAUCAUCUCCACCAGGAGUUAGUCUUGUUUACUUCCGAGUACCACUUACUUUUACAGCAUCAAAUAACAUAGCUGAUGAUCAAAUGGCUAUAAAUGUUACAACCUGUGUAAACGCUGCAAAUGUCUCCCUAAAAGGAUAUAUAGACCGAAGUGCUCCAAACAUAACUCAAAACAAAAUCACAUACCAAAUUAACCAACAGUCUUCAUUGGAGAAGAAGUCAUGCUGUGGUGGGGAUAUACUGCCGCCCUGCUGUGCCGUUGGCUCAAUCAAGAUUUCAAAUACUAGUUGCGGUAAGGAUUUUCAUUUCUAUUUUGAAAGAAAUAAACAUUCCACCAAUAAAAUGAUACACACAGUUUGUGCAGUGGUAUUAGUACUAAACGCAAGCGCGGUAAAAUCCCCAAAAGUGUUCUCGUCCCUAAAUCCCUCUCCUUGACACUGGACAGAAACUUGGUUUUUUUUCCCUCCAACGUUUUAGACAAAUUUUGUCACUUUUUCAGGUUGUUUGCCCGGAUUUCACCACGUUACCGGCCGUUCGUGUGUUCCUUGUCCAUCUGACACUUAUCAGGAUGAACAAGGACAAAAGUCUUGUAAGACUUGUCCAGCUAAUACAGUAACAUUUGGUAAGACAAGAAUGACAAACAAGGCCAACUGCACAGGUAUGGGCAGAAACAAAACUGCGCUAAGGUUCGUUUGACUUUACAUACACCUCUCCUAUCCUAUCAAACAUUCGAGAUUGCUUCGUUUUCUUUUAAGAUACAAAUGCUCUGCAAAUUCACGACCAAGUAGUUUUCCUGCUUGAAAAUAUCAACAACGAAAAGAUAGUCCCGAAUGUUACUUUUACUACAGUUCUGACUUCCCUUCCUAACAGUGUCCUCGUCCCUUAAUCUCUCUCCUUGAAAAAUCCUUUGACACUGGACAGAAUCUUUGUGUUUUUUUCUCAAACGUUUCAAACAAAUUUUGUCACUUUUUCAGGUUGUUUGCCUGGAUUUCACUUCGUCACUGGCCGUUCGUGUGUCUCUUGUCCUUCUGACACUUAUCAGAAUGAACAUGGACAAAAAUAUUGUAAGACUUGUCCAGUUAAUACAGGAACAUUUGGUAAGACAAGAAUGACAAACCAAGCCAACUGCACAGGUAUGGCAGCAACAAAACUGCGCUAAGGUUCAUUUGACUUUUCCUACACCUUUCCUUUCCUAUCCUAUCAAACAUUUGAGACUUGCUUCGUUUUCUUUUUAGAUACAAAUCCUCUGCAAGUUAACGACCAAGUAGUUUUUCUGCCUGAAAACAUCAACAACGAAACAAUAGUCGUGAAUGUUACUGUUACUGCAGUUCUGGCUUCCCUUGUUCGACCAUUUAAGUUUUACUUAGAUAAUGUCACACAGCCACGACUACUGUCACGCGAGGUGUCAAGGCGAAAGCGGCGUCGUGUUGAAGUUGAUUCUCAGUGUACACACCCUGAGCUCUGUCCUCAAAUGUUAGUCGAUCUCUGUUUUACGGCAGGUGCCGUCAAACCAGAAAAUUAUUUCUGCAUUCAUCGAUUCACUGGACGAAUAAGGAUAACGCAAGACUUUGUCUUCAAGCAAGGUGAAGUAUUUGAUUUACAAAUACGCGUGACGGACAGCGACCCAAGAGGAAUAACCGUAAACAAAGCCAAAGUCAAACUCAUUUCUGGUGACCCGUGUAAGAACGUCCAAGCGAUUUAUGAUGAAGCCGUGAAAUAUUGCAUCAAGAAUUCGGAAUCUGUCGAUGGAGGAAAGAAGUGCUUGAGUAUUCAGUGCACAGAGACUGCCCAUGAGUGGAAAGAAGCACUUAACAGUGCAAGUAAAGUACCAGAGAAAGACUGUUCAGCUGAUCCCCAUAAUCUUACAAUGCUCAUCCGCGAAUACUCACGUUGUGGUAAGUAGUCACGUGUUGUACAGUCCACUCUAUCUCCUGAUCUUAUCACGCAACACGUGUUCUUUCUUAGAGAGCGCGUUGCGUGACCAACAAGCAAAGACUUCGAAGGAGACUGGAGUCGACUCCCAAAAACAGUAACUUUGAAAAGUAUCGAUGGAUACAGUUUGUUACUCUCCCCUCCCCUACCCCCUUCCCUUUGCCGUCCACACUAAAUGUCCGAAAACACUGAUGAAAGCGACAGAGUGUUGUUUUUCACGUCACCAUUUUGAGAAGCAUCCGUUUUUACCUGUCCACAAAAGAAAUUGGGCAUUUUCAAAAGACUCCACUUUUGAAAUCGUCUUGGACAGUGUUCAUUUUAUUCCCUUUCAUCAGGUGUUUCGGUGUGGACGAAAGAGAAUGGGGCUAUAUGACCGCCGUCAGACAAGUUGAUUACUGUUGACCUGUAUUGCAGAUUGUUAACUCUCCGAGAUGUGUUUUUCACCAAAGAUGUACAUUUCGGAUUUAAUGCUGCAGUCAGAAAUCCUAAAUGUGCAUUACUUAUAUCCACAAUUCAGAGCUUUGAUAAGAGAUCUGAAUCGACUGUUGCAAAAUUUAAACAAGAUAGAUUUUCAGAUCGAAAAUUUAUUGUUAACUACAGGUACUCACUUUAAAUCAACUCAAUCGUUGACUUCUUUGGAUUGACUCGAAUUCUGCAACGUGCUUGGCAAUUGUAAAUUAAAGUUGCUUAUUGCUAAAAAUUUUGCUGGGCAAACUUUAAAUGCUACGUUCUCUCAAAUUCCCUUAUAGCAUCUUUUAAUCUUGAAAAUAUGGUAUGGCAAAAUUUGAACUAUUUCCUUCUCAUUUCAGCCGUUUAUCAGCUUGUGAACGCAGAAGUGUUUCCAGUUGUUACUUCUCUUAACAGGCUAGCCCUUUCCAAGUACAAUUUGUGCAGUUCAUCGUGCGUUGUCGGAUGCUGGCUUCCUCUAACUACGGUUCUGUUUUGAAAGCAGCUUCAAACUCUUAAUAAAAAACAUUUAGUGCUUUACUCACCCUUCUAGUCUUUAUUCCAAUAGGUCUCUGGAGUUGUUGCUGUUGGUAAGUAUGUCAACAUCGAAUAUGGCGUACGCAUGUGAGUUAGAGAUUAUCCACCUCUUAGAUAUUUGAGGCUGCUAAGGGUCGCCGCUUGGGAUUUGAAGCAGCGUGUAUUUUAGAGAUCAGAAGCAAACUCUUUGCAAACAACAUUUAGUGCUUUACUCACCCUUUUAGUCUUUUUCUUAAUAGGUCUCCGGAGUUUUUUUCUGUUGGUAAGUAUGUCAAGAUUGAAUAUGGUGUACACAACUGAGUUAGAGAUUACUGUUUUCUCACAUUCCCACAUAGCAUCUUUUAACCUUGGUAGCAUGGUGAUAAUGGCAAAUGGCAAAAUUUGAACUAUUAUCCGUCUCCUUACAGCCGUUUAUCAGCUUGUGAACGCAGAGGUGUUUCCAGUUGUCAUUUCUCUUAACAGGCAAGCCCUUUACAAGUACAAUUUGUGCAGUUCAUCGUCCGUUGUCGGAUGCUGGCCUCCUCUAACUACGGUUCUGUUUUGAAAGCAGCCUCAAACUCUUUAUAAACAACAUUUAGUGCUAUACUCACCCUUUUAGUCUUAAUCUUAACAGGUUUCCGGAUUUGUUAAUGUUGGUAAGUAUGUCAACAUUGGAUAUGGCGAAUGCAAGCGAGUCAGAGAUUAUCCACUCCUAAGACAUUGGAGGCUGCUGGGGUCACCGCUUGGGAUUUGAGGCAGCGUGCAUUUGAGAGGCGAUGGAGACGUCAGUGGUUGAUAAAACUCCGUUUUCUUCCCAGCAAAUAAAAUAGGGACCAUUAGCAGUUAGGACGGCAACACCAAAGAGGACGUAGAUUUAAAAAAAUGAAUAUUUAUUUUUAGUUGGAAUCUCGUGAAUGACUGGAUGUGUUUACCAUCUCUUACGGCGCACAUCUAGCCCUGGUUUUUCGAAGCUCGGAUAACGCUAUUCACUGGAUAAAUCUCUAUCUGGUGGAUAACGCUAUACGUUUUUCUAUCACUUAUCCGUUGGAGAGCGAUUUAUCCAUUGAAUAUCAUUAUCCGCCCUUUACACAACAGUAAUAGUUUAGGAAUACAAUAAACUUGAACCUUCUUGAGUUUAUUUAGAAUGCUGACUCACCAGUAUCUGUGUUCAAAAUGGAGAAACUGAAAAGGAGGUUGCUUCGGAUCUCUUCGGAACGCCUUCGAAAAUGGAAGCAAGUUUUCGGUAUCAUAUGGUACUAUGCGACAUAUUCUGAAGGUAAAAUGUCACGUCCUAGACUUCACGAAAGUUGACAGGUAUAUUGUUACAAAGGUGAUCGCAUGAAAGAAGUUAUCGCUUAUGAAAGGCCCCUAACAUAGUAAAAAAAUUGCCACCACUGAGAAUUGGUUGCUAGGAAAGGUUCGACUGUGAUGCGAAGGUAUUUUGUGACAGCGCUACCUCGUGUCACGUCAUCUUAACGCCGCUGACCUUCUCUCGACUAAAGCAAACAUUCCGUUGAAGAUAAGGAAGUCAGUGGAAUUUGGCAGGUUCUCAUGAAUUGAGUUACAAAAGGGAUUUGUGCAAAUAAUUGCUGUGAUUCGAAGGCCAUUGCCCACAAUUUACUCUCUUCAACAAGCGAAUGAAAGAAAAAUUGAAACCUGGGCAAAGCAGUUUGCCAUCCUUAUCUUGAAGGCCUAUUUCCUGAUUCUUAUUUUGUUUUGUUUUGUUUUGUUUUCGUUUGUUUGUUUUUCGGUAGGGGACGACUAUACACAGGCUUAAGGCUUUCUAAGCUAAAUUUCCGAAGUUCAGUAUUAAGUCGGAGCGAAUGGGCGAAACGCUCGAAACGUCAGCUUACAAACUCUUUACAGUGGCCAAUUUCUAUUAUCAACUCAGUUGAUAAAAUAACAUUAUCUUGUUACACAGCCCCACCGACGCAGCACCAGGGCUCCUUUAGAAACUUAUCCCCCUUUGUACACAGGGUAGACUUGUGAUAAGGCCAAAAAUAAUAAUUUGAUGCGUAAAUUUUAAAGAAAGGCGAGAGUGAUUCGUAAAUUUAUGAGCAGGCGUGAAGCGUGACUUACCUCCUGAAAUAUACGUCACCCUUUAAUUUUUUUCUUUAAUGUGGUCACAACCUCAAGAUUUUCUUAAAACCUUGCACACAAGAAGAGGGAUUUGGAGUUGUCGCGACACGUGAAUCGCCGUUUGAAGCGUACGAGACGCGAUGUUUUUUUUCUAAAAUAUUGCGUAAAAGUGGAUCAGGAACCGCUCUUCCACCUCCCCCUUCCCUAUAUAAAAAGUAAAUAAAAAAUAAAAAAAUCUAAAAAUUUAUAAAGAACUUGUCUGGCAUGCUCCAGUGUCAGUGGUUUCGUCCUUGCAGCGGCUGCUUUAAUCUGUUAUUAUGUUUCUUCACUCGGAGAAAAGAGGAAUGUGAACAAUUUUCUUCGCUCUAUCUACUGUAGUGAGCAAAACUACUGAUUUCAAACAUGACUCCAUUGAUACGGUGUCCAAAAAGGCCCUUUAUUAACUCAGGCGAGUAUGAUUUUAGAAAAUUGUCCCUAGUUUAAAUUUUGAUGUUUUAAAGCUCGAGGAUAGAAAACUCUUCAUACCGGCGGUUGGCGAUAGGAAAUCGGAGGGGGGGGGGGAGGGUGGCAAUUACCCAUCCACUCCCCUCUAUUUCGAUUCCAAUUCUAUAUCAAACAAGGCAGCAUGGAAAGGAAGGAACAAUGAUGAUAAUCAAACGUGACUGCCCGGAGGAGCAUCCCCUAUAGCGCUAACACGCUCUCUACGAUGAGAUGUCUGCACUGCAGGCUGAUGAAUCCCAAGAAUAAAAUUAACACCUAAUCUUACUGGUCAUCUGCAUCAAUUGUGUAGGAUACAGGAAGCAUGUACGAUAGUUAAUCAAAAGGCUUCCUCUACAGAGUCGUUAUAAACAGAAAACAGUAGACAUCUUAGAAUUCAUGUAGCCUUGUAUAGAACAAUUUUUCUAUUGAGUAUCGAAGUAGUCUGAAAUUACAUUGUUUUUGCUUUACUUCACACUGUUAUUGGUGCAGAAAACUCGCGUCACUUCCACGACCAAUCAGAUGCAAAAGUAAAACUAAUCACGACCUGGUCGCCCGCAUUUUCCCGCGCUGUAGACAAUUUGGUAUUUUUUACUCUGAGUUCUCAUUGGCUCUUAAAAUAUUAUCCUUCUUCUGAUUGGCUGUUGUAAUCACUUCGGUUUUGGUUUCGCGACACUCAAUCAAGACGCACUUUAUCACGCUUUAGUUAAUUAGUUGUCGUGCUCAACAUCACAAAUUCACCACUCUUACAUCCAUCAGGAGAAGUGCGGCUGUCUCCUCUCUCAAUAACAACUGCGCUCGUUUGGAGACUUCUUUCGUUUCCUCAUGUUCUUUCAUUACCUGAAAACAGUAGAAGAAUUUCUGUCAGAAUUCAGCCAGGAAGAUUACCUUUAAUCUGUUUGCGUAACAUGAGUAAACUCUUGAGAAUGGCGCUACUCAAAAGCAAAAACAAAAAAGCUUUAUUCUUUGUUAGAUAAUUCGUAUGCUGACCGGCUAAAAGAGUUUUAUGUUGAUAUCAGAAAUGUGCGGUAAAUGUUGAUAAAACAUCAUUUUCUCCCCACAUUCUCCAUUUAGGAGCUACAGCUAUUAGAGCCCGUGAUGUUUACCUGUGCGUGACGAGCUACGAGAGGAGCGAUGUUUACCGAAAGUAGCGUAUCUGUCUUCACUGUUAGCGAUACAGAGAGUCUAUACAGUUCUCACCAACAAUCUGUGGCAAACUUGUUAACCUCAGUCCUCAACAAGGAUUUUGAAACUAUAACUUUAUAUUCGUCAAAGCGAUUGAACGCCAACACACGAAACGUCAGCCUUUAAAGUCUUUACGGUGGCAAAUUUACGUUUUCAACUUAGUUGUUAACACUAAAUUACCUGUUAUUCUGGCGAUGACGAGGACUGGUCACGUGUCACCUUACGAAACUCACCCCUUUGUAAUUGGCUGACGAGCGCUUAGGCUUAGGCUUAGGCGCGAAACUCAGAGUAACAGAGAAUCGAUGCGUCCUCUUUGAUUCUUUCACUUAUAUCUACUCAGCUCUGCUACCACAGUAUUGAGCACUUUAUGCCAAGGUAGACUCUACCCCCACAUUUAUAUAUACAUAUAUGUAUGUGAUAGAAUAGGAUCUUUAUCAUUAUUCUUUAUACUUUAUCUAUCCAUUAGAAUAUUUUGUUUUCACAAAAUUUAAUUAGAAUUCACAUAUAGUAGAUCUAUAUACAUCAUUUUAUAACUUUUAAAACAUUUUAAAUUUACUUUUUAUAAUUAUUAUUAUUAUUAUUAUUAUUUUUAGCAAUAGAUAUGGACCUCGAACGAGAUUCAUAUGUUUUUAAUAGUCCCUAUUAUGAUAUUCUUAACUCAUGUAUUUAUAUAUUUUUUUAUCAUAAGUAGGUUAGAUUUACUUUUCUAUUUCUUUUUUAUUGUUAUUAUUAUUAUUAUUAUUAUUAUUAUUAUUAUUUAUGAGACUACUUACUUGCUAAUACUGCAUGUAAACGAAGGUAACGAAUGGCCGAAAUGUCCUGUUUUUGGACCCUCUGAUUUUACGAAUCCGCCGAAGACCAGCAGCAAAACCAGUGAGAGUACUCCAACUUGAGCGGCCAUUUGUCCCAUCUAAAUCGGUCGCAAACUAGACGAAUUAUAUACCAAAAUAAAGCGAAUUUCUUACUCCAUUCGUAUGUGGCGGUAUAAUUGAGACUUGAACAUGCGCGAAAGAACUAGGACCCAUUCUUACGCGCUAACCGUGAUACGACACUUUGAACGCCUUCGAAAAUUGCGUUAUCGUAAUUUUAAAAAAUGAAUUUUGACCCAUUAAAUCCUAAAGCUUUGGUACUUCAAAAUAACUUCUAAAGUAGCUUUAAUAUAUUUUUUUUCAUUUUGUUGGUAAAAUUAAUCACUAUCAAAACUUCUCUUAGUAAUCGAGGCAAAGGUUCCGAAUUUUGUGUGUUCUUGCGUCAAACAGUGGUGGAGAUGUGGUCGCCGAGACUUAAUAUGGGCUUUUGUUAACGAUGAGUUUAACAUGUUUUCUUUAAUGUCGUCACAGCCUCAAGAUUUUCCCGAAACCUUGCACACAAGAAGAGGGAUUUAGAGUUUUCGAGACGCGUGAAUCGCUGUUUGAAGUAAACAAGACGCGAUAAUUUUUGUCCCAAAGAGGGCGUAAAAGUGGAUCAGGAACCCCUCAUCCACCCCUUCACACCCUCUUUCCUAAAAAAAAAUUAAGAAAAAAAAAGAAACUCGUCUGACAUGCUCCAUUGUUAGUGGUAUGUUUAAGUUCGCGUGCGCUUAACCCUGUAACUCCCAGAUCAAAUUUGUAAUUCUCCUUACAGUCAACCAUACAAUUCUUGUAAUGCUAGUUCAAAGAAUUUAGUAUUGGAUCAUCUAAUUAUUCCCAAAUUGAUAUUUUUCUUUAUUCUCAUCACUUAUCUAGUUGAUAUUGCAUUGAUAUUGUAAGGAGAAAUUCUGUCUUGGUCACUCAUGGGAGUUAAAGGGUUCAGAUUUGUUUCAGAUUUGUUUCAGAUCUGUUUCAUUGUUCAAGCCGUUAUGAGUCGACCUAAAGGUCAUUUCCGGCUAAGUGAUAUGCCUAAAUAUGUGGCAUUGUUGUUUUCUAAACUAAAAACCACUGCAAAGAUGAUGUGUACGAAAGGAACUUUGAUGCUGAUUUUAAAUGUAUUCGUCAUCGUCUUUGUUAUAUCAAGCCAAUCGACAGCAGGUAAGAGAGACUUUGACUGUUAUCCUUUGCACAAAUUUUACAUGUUGACAAGGCAUCCUCUUAAUUGCAUCAAAGAUAUGCUAAGAAGGAAGUCAAACUAAAGAAUCCAAUGUAGUCAGCGCCGUUUGGCUUUUGAGUUUUAAGUUCAAGGCCGGGUUUGAAUAAAAGCCGGACCUAAUUUACAAGUCCUUCUGGAACCCCGUACUUUCAAGUGCGCUUUUCUGGCGAAAUUUUCCGCUUACAUUUGUAUUGAAGCUCUGAUGCAUGGCGCCUUUCGUUCCAUCAUUCGUGCGUCGUAUACAGCUAUGGAAAAUAGGACAACAAGCUGGUGAUGACCACGGCCAAAUUUUGCAUAAACUUGCUAUAACCUAUUUUUAAAUUGUUGGCUUUUCUAGAUCUAGUCAAAUACUACCUUAGCUUUGCCUUUUUGAUGCGCUCGAUUCCAAACAGGAACAUAAUUUCAUUAAUUGUUGUACUAAUGAGGCCUUCGAAGGGGGUUUUUGAUGUCGCCUAAUUGUUUACAAACACCCCUGUGGCCUAUUUGGUUAGGGACAAAUGUCGCUGUCGCUUUUUGUUAGAAUAAAAAUAUCGCUGUCACACUGAAUUUGGCAAUAUAUUUUUCAACAGCAAGGUUUCAAAAAGCAAAUUCCACCGUAUGGAACAUUCAUUCAUUUGAAAGAGCGUUUGCUAAAUUCGAGUGUUAUUUACCUAAUACGAGGACACAGUACACUUUCGAAAAAGUCGCUUGAAAGAGAGCUUUGUUUAGUUAGAAGGACAGGUCUGUAAUAAAAUUUCUACUUGGAGUGAUUGAUUACGGUCCGACAUUGACUUUCCAGUAAGUGAUGUUGCGUCAGCUACUCUCUAUGAACACAUUCCUAAACAAAAAAAUUUAGAUUUAAAAAGAAACUGUUCUGGCAUGCUCCAGUAUUAUUUGUAUGUUUAAGUUUGCUUGAGCCCAAGAUUCUUUUGUGCUGCUUAAGUCGCUAGGAGUCAACCCCAUUCCUUUUUAAGGAAAGACCUAGAGGUCAUUUCUGGCUAAUUGAUGUGCCUCAACUUGUGAAAUUGUUGUUUACUGAACUAAAAACCACUGCAAGGAUGAUGAUUUCGAAAGGAGUUUUGAUGCGAUUUUUAACUUUAAUAAUCUUCGUCUUCGUCUUCUUCUUCUUCGUUAUACCAAGUAAAUCGACUGCAGGUAAGAGAGACUUUGGAUCUCAUCCUUUGCACAGAGUCAAUUAAGAAUCCGCGAUCAUCUGAGACAGGCGAGACAACGGGUGGUUAUAAUGUUAUCUUAAGGUAAUAGAGUUUCGUUAAAGCUAUCAAUGAACUGUUUUUACAUUUCGACACUUGCAUAGAUAACACGACUCCUUAGACCUUAGCAUCACAGACAUUUUGAGAGACAAAUUUACAUGAUGAUAAGGCACCUUCUUAAUUGCAUCAAAAUAUGCUAAGAAGGAAGACAAACUAAAGAAUUCAAUGUAGUCAGCUUUUGGCUUUUGAGUUUUGAGUUCAACGCCGGGCUUAAGUAAAAGCCGGACCUAAUUUACAAGUCCCUAUAAAACUUUAUGCUUUCAAGUGCGUCUUCCUGGCGAAAUUUUCCGCUUACAUUUUUACGUAUCCGAGCGCUGAUGGCGCCUUUACAACCAUCAUUCGUGCGUCAUACAUGUACAGCCAUGGAAAAUAGGACAACAAGCCGGUGAUGCCUACGGCCAAAAUUUGCGGAAACUCGCCAUAACCUCUUUUCAAAUCGUUAGCUUUUCUAGAUCUAGUCGAAUAGUACCUUAGCAUUGCCUCUUUGAUGCGCUCAAUUCUAAACGGGGACAUAAAUUCAUUAAUUGUUGCACUAAUGAGGCCUUCGAAGGAGGUUUUUGAUGUCGCCUAAUUGUUUACAAACACUCCUGUGGCCUAAUUGGUUAAAGACAAAUGUCGCUGUCGCUUUUGUUAGAAAAAAAUGUCGCUGUCGUACUAAAUUUUACAAUAGAGUAAUUUCUGACGUCAUUAAUUGACAAGCCGAUCGCAAGAUAAUGCACAAUUGUAAAGGUAACCAUGCAUUGCAUGAAAUGAGGAAGUGAUGGACUCUUAGAGAUCUAAGAGUUUCGGCGAAGAAAUUUUUUCAGCAGCAAAGUUUCAAAAAGCAAAAUCCACCUUAUGGAACAUUUAUUCAUCUGAAAGAGCAUUUGCUAAAUUCGAGUGUUAUUGACCUAAUACGGGGACACAGUACACUUUCGAAAAUCAGUUAAAAUAGAGCUUUGUUUAGUAAGAACUGACGACAGUUCUGAAAUAAGAUUUCUUCUUUGAGCGAUUCUUUGAGGUCCGCCAUUGACUUUCACGUAGGUGGUUCUGCGUCGGUAGGGGAGUAUAACAAGAUAAUUUCAGUUUUACCAACUGAGUUGAUAAUGGAAAUUGGCCACCGUAAAGAGAUUAGGAGAGAUAGAGAGAUUCAAAGCUAACGUUCAUCAGAGCGAGUGGCGAAAGGCUAACGCCCGAAACGUCAGGUUUGAAACUCUUCACGGUGGCCAAUUUCCAUUAUCAACUCAGUUGAUAAAACCAAAAUUCGUCUGUAAAAGGCCUUCAUGUUAUUUCCUAUAAAACAAUAGUCAAUUGAAUAUCAAAAGUAAUCUGGGAUCGCUUUGGUUUUACUGCACUUUAAUCUGUGAUUGGUCCAGAAAUCUAACACCAUCUUGUCGACCAAUCAGAUGCAAAACUAAAAACAAUCGCGACUUGAUCAUUCGCGUUUUCCCGCGCUUCAGGCAUUUAGCAAAUGAUGAUGUAGACCUUUUUUUCUGAUUGGUUGCAGCGAUUACUUUGGUUUUGGGUUCUUUGAAACUCAAUUGAAAACUGCCCUAUAAGGUGUGAAUCGCCACUCAGCCUAUAUAUGUAUGGUCAAAUUUUAAAAGCGGUUUUACCCAGUCCCUUACUCGUUUAGACCAUGAUCAUAAAUGAACCAUUUCGUAGUAAUACUUUUCUUUGAUUUCAGAAGCUUCGCUGAUCUCUAACUACGACAUCAUGAGAUGUUACGAAGUUGACAUUACAUUUCACUAUCAGAUUGACGGAGGACUCACAAAUAGCACCAUAACAAAUACCAAAGUGCAGUUUUCUUCUCUUUUUCAACAAGUGCCCGGCCUUCUCUCAUUUAACCCAAAGUGCAGUGGUGUCGUGGUCACCAGGAAAGAUAUACUCAGCUCUCCACCGGGAGUGAAAAGUAUAUUUUUUACAAUACCGAUGAUAUUUACUGCAUCAACAAAUGUAGCAGAUGGUCAAAUUUCAACAAAGAUUGUAGAUUGUAUAAGUACCCUGACGGCAAGUUAUAAGGGAUUUAUCGACAGAAACACUCCGAGUAUAUCCCAAAAUGGCACUCAUACUACGUACAAUACAUCCACUAUAUCAGAGAAGCGAUCCUGCUGCGGUGGGAAUAUACCACCGCCCUGUUGCACCGUGGGCUCAGUCAAUGUGUCAAGUAGUAAAUGUGGUAAGUUUAAACAACGUAUGGAUUUUAUUUGUAGUUGACCCAUGGAUAGUUGACCAGUUGAAAAUAUUGGUCCGCCUCUAAGCUGAGUUCUUUCUCCUUUCUUCAGGUUGUUUGCCAGGGUUCCAUUUUGUUCCUGGCAGUUUAUGUCAGCGUUGUCCUUCAGACACCUAUCAGGACGAACAAGGUCAAAGUUCAUGCAAGAAGUGUCCAGGAAGAAAACAAACAUUUGGAAAAACAGGAAUGACUAGCAAUUCCAGCUGCCUAGGUGAGCUUUAAAUAUCAGGGAACGUGUCAGUGAAAUAAGGUUUUAGAAAAAAGAAAGAACGCACUUGAGCUCGAAUAUACUUUCCAGUAGCCGUUCCGUUUUCUUCAUUUCUCUGGAUUAGCAUCAAUAUCAUUUUCACAGUUUAUUUUCUUUUAUCCGGCAUAUUUAGUGCUGUUUGUCUCCUUCAAUGCCUUUUCACUGAAAAUGUUGUGGUAGAUGCUUCUUUUCCAUAUUUUCCACAAUCAGUCUCCAACAAGUUUUCAAUUCACUUUCGAAAGACCAAAACUAAAGUAAUCCCAGCGACAAACCAGAACUAAGGUUUACAUUAUCACACUGAUGAAAGCGAGAGUGAUGUUUUUCACGUCACCAUUUUGAGAAGCAUCCGUUUUCACCUGUCCACAAAAGAAAUUGGGCGUUUUCAAGACUCCACUUUUGAAAUCGUCUUUGACAGUGUUCAUUUUAUUCCCUUUCAUCAGGUGUUUCGGUGUGGACGAAAGAGAAUGGGGCUAUAUUCACCAUAAGCCCCAGUCUUACCGCCGUCUGAACAGUUGAAAACUGCUGACCCGUAUUGCAGAUUGUUAACUCUCCGAGAUGUGUUUUUCACCAAAGAUGUACAUUUCGGAUUUAAUGCUGCAGUCAGAAAUCCUAAAUGUGCAUUACUUAUAUCCACAAUUCAGAGCUUUGUUAAGAGAUCUGAAUCGUCUGUUGCAAAAUUUAAACAAGAUAGAUUUUCAGAUCGGAAAUCUAAAUUGUUAACUACAGGUACUCACUUUAAAUCAACUCAAUCGUUGACUUCUUUGGAUUGACUUGAAUUCUGCAACGUGCUUUGCAAUUGUAAAUUAAAGUUGCUUAUUGCUAAAAUUUUUGCUGGGCAAACUUUAAAUGCUACGUUCUCUCAGAUUCCCUUAUAGCAUCUUUUAAUCUUGAAAAUAUGGUAUGGCAAUAUUUGAACUAUUUCCUUCUCAUUUCAGCUGUUUAUCAGCUUGUGAACGCAGACGUGCCAUUCCAGUUGUUACUUCUUUUAACAGGAUAGCCCUUUACAAGUACAAUUUGUGCAGUUCAACGAGCGUUGUCGGAUGCUGGCCUCCUCUAACUACGGUUCUGUUUUGAAAGAAGCUUCAAACUCUUUAUAAAAAACAUUUAGUGCUUUACUCACCCUUCUAGUCUUUAUCUUAAUAGGUCUCUGGAGUUGUUGCUGUUGGUAAGUAUGUCAACAUCGAAUAUGGCGUACGCAUGUGAGUUAGAGAUUAUCCACCUCUUAGAUAUUUGAGGCUGCUAAGGGUCGCCGCUUGGGAUUUGAAGCAGCGUGCAUUUUAGAGAUCAGAAGCAAACUCUUUGCAAACAACAUUUAGUGCUUUACUCACCCUUUUGGUCUUUUUCUUAAUAGGUCUCCGGAGUUUUUUCUGUUGGUAAGUAUGUCAAGAUUGAAUAUGGCGUACACAACUGAGUUAGAGAUUAAUUUUUUUUUCAAAUUCCCACAUAGCAUCUUUUAACCUUGGUAGCAUGGUGAUAAUGGCAAAUGGCAAAAUCUGAACUAUUUUCCGUCUCCUUGCAGCCGUUUAUCAGCUUGUGAACGCAGAGGUGUUUCCAGUUGUCAUUUCUCUUAACAGGCAAGCCCUUUACAAGUACAAAUUGUGCAGUUCAUCGUCCGUUGUCGGAUACUGGCUUCCUCUAACUACGGUUCUGUUUUGAAAGCAGCUUCAAACUCUUUAUAAACACCAUUUAGAGCUAUACUCACCCUUUUAGUCUUAAUCUUAACAUGUUUCCGGAUUUGUUACUGUUAGUAAAUAUGUCAACAUUGGAUAUGGCGAACGCAAGCGAGUCAGAGAUUAUCCACUCCUAAGACAUUGGAGGCUGCUGGGGUCACCGCUUGGGAUUUGAGGCAGCGUGCAUUUGAGAGGCGAUGGAGACGUCAGUGGCUGAUAAAACCCCGUUUUCUCCCCAACAAAUAAAAUAGGGACCAUUAGCAGUUAGGACGGCAACACCAAAGAAGACAUAGAUUUAAAAAAUGAAUAUUUAUUUUUAGUUGGAAUCUCGCGAAUGACUGGAUGUGUUUACCAUCUCUUACGGCGCACAUCUAGCCCCGGUUUUUCGAAGCUCGGAUAACGCUAUUCACUGGAU